CUUUAGUACUAGUUCAUGAUUGUUUCUGACUGUUGUAAGUUGGUCUACGCUAUCAGUGAUUACCGAGAACUCUAAAAAAUUGGACUGAGUUUAUUAAGCCUCACCGAUUUAUUUAGUUUUGUUUUCAUAAAUCAGAAGACCUGUUUCUUAAUUUUUAUGGAUGUACAAGAAGUCAGUGAUACAAAUGGCGGGAACGCCGAGGUGGCGCGCACGAAACCUAACCUGGAAGAAAUGGUCGACACUAAGGUAAUGGCAGACCAAACUCUUAACUCGGAUAAUUCACAAAGUGCAAGAAAAAUGGACAAAGAUGAGGUAAAUGGCGAGGAUAAAAGUAUUGGAAAAAAGUUAGAGUCAGCAGUGAAAAGAAGAAUGCGUAAAUCAAAGUCAAAUUCGACUAGUAGUGUGGAAGCUGACGCCAAGCCUAAGUCCAAGGGAGUCAAAAGAAAACUGCUAGAACCUGAUGUUAUUAAUGAUGAUGACUCUGGGGAGUUCAUUGGUUUUUCGUCGGAGAGUUUAAUGAUCAUUGAAACUGGACUGGAAAUUCUCCAGAAACUUAUUGCUGAGGCAGAAUUGGAAGAAGCGAAUACUAUAAAACGACGACGUACACCUUCGAAAGGACCCCAGAAGAGUCUUGAAUCGAAAAAAGUUGCUGAAAGUCUCGACAAAGAAAUUACUGACGAUAAUAAAAGUAUAUCAACAGUUCCAGAAGAAAAACCAAAAAUAAAAGAUGAAAAACAAUCCGAGAAAAUCGACACCACUGUCGUGGAUUCUUCAAAUAUUGUGAAUAAUCUCGAAACUGAAGGAGCACCCAGUAACAAUCCAAAUGUCGAUAUGUCAAAUCCUCUCUAUAAAGAGCCUUUUAAAUUUGGUUGGAAGCGUGAAAUGGUUUACAAGGGUGGAUUUGAUAACCCAUCAAAGCGUUUAGCAGACAUUUAUUACUAUUCACCUAAAGGAAAGAAAGUUAAAAGUCUUCGAGAAGUUGCAGAGUGUUUAACAACAAAGGAACUCUCUUUAGAUAACUUUACGUUUUAUAAAGAGCCCAUUGGUGUUGACGAUCCUUCCAUGGAAGUGAUCAGGGAUGCAAAGAGACUUAGAUCAGAGUUUGCAGAUGAUCAAGCCACCCCUGCAAAAAGAAUCAUGAAUAAACGCUCAUCUCUCACGAGAAAAGUACUCACGCCAUCUCCGUGUCCACCAAAAACCGCCAAGGUUGCAGCUACAAAGGGCACGACUCCUACAGGAUUCAAGGUCAAAGUUGCAAGCAAGCGAGGAGUUCAAAAGAAGGAAGUGAAAUCAUCAAAAGAUACUGAACAGCGAACACCCCAGUGGAGCCCUCACACCGUAACGAGGAAACAUCAGGCGACUGCUGAAAAAGUUACCUCUCCAAAAAAUAAGAGGAUACUGAGCAGAGCCAAACUCCAGGAGCCCUGCAGCAUUCGAUGUUCGAUGAGCAUGGGUCUCAUACCAAGUCUUCAGUGUCGCAUUUGUCUGUGCUUAUAUCAUCCGGAGUGUGUUGGUGGAAAGGCUAUAAUGCCUAACGAGAAAUACGUCUGCAAGAAUUGUCAAAUGGAGUUAGAACCAAGUGAACGUCUCCAACAACAAGCACCGAUAACGCCACCAGCGUUGAUACCAAUAAGCAUGUUAGGCUCACACACGAUAAAAUCAAAGCUCCCCAAGCCCCACCAAUCAUCAAAGACAGAGACUGAAGAAUCUUUAAAAGAUAAAGCUCCUGUGUCAAAUACAUCAGGAGUUACCUCAGUGAUGGAUAAAGUGGAUACUUCCCUGAGUUCCUGGUUAUCUCCUCCUGAUAAAAAAUAUCUUCGCAGUCAUGAUGGAUGUAAACCUCAGCCUGCCCAGAAUAUUGCUAAAAUGGGGGGAAAACGUUAUAUUGUUAUUCCCAAAAACAAUGACAUGGCGGUACAACCGGCAAUUCCCAUCAGAUCUGAUCGAACCUUAGAAAAUCAGAGAGAUUUCAUUCGUGAAAAUGCACUCGUUGGUAUAAAUUUGAGUACAGAGGACUCAAUUAGCAGUCGAAGAUCCUCUCAAUCGGCUGUCAAGUGCAUGCCAGAUAAAGAGAACAAAGUAAACAAGAAUAUGGCUGAAGAAAUCCAGGCUAAAAGUUCUUUAAAUGUAUCCAUCAACAAAGAUCUGACAAUUCAUUCGACUGAGCUAAAAGGCAGUGGAACUGAACCUACUGUGCAGACAAUGGAAGUACACAUGGAUGUUGAAGCUGUUGAAUUGGAUAAAAAUUUGGAAAGUGAAUGGUUAGAUGGUUCACGUCUACCACCGGUUGAAUCCACGAAUAGUUCCAAACCGCCAGAGGUUGAACCUACCAUUGUACUGACAAAUAAAAAUUAUGUGGAGAGUGAAAAGGCUGAUGAAAGAAGAGAAAAAUUAGAAAAUCAUAAUGAGGCAAUAAUUCAACAAACAAUGGAGACACCACUUCUGCCUCCUGAGAAUCCGAAAAACGGACAAGUUGAGAAUUAUAUCACAAAAUGUGACAGCAGCACUAAAAAGAAAAUUCCUCCAAUGGAGGUGGACCCAAGACAGUACUUUAUGGUGUCAGUAUGUGCAGGAUAUCACGCUUUAUCUCGCGUCUUUCAAUAUCUGAAGGUUCAGGAACUUCUUCGUGCGGCUAGAGUUUGUAGAAUGUGGAGGGAUUUGGCAGCGCAUCCAGCGCUCUGGAAGACAGUGAGGAUGAAGAACAGUCAGGUGACAGAUUGGGACGGACUGGCAGCAUCGCUAAAGCGUCAUGGAACGCAGCACUUGGACUUGAGAAAAAUGUUAAUUGCUGGAGAGUCGGACAAUUUUUGGGAGAAAUUUAUUUCCAUCCUGCCCAAUAUUCCAAAUUUAACUGUCUUGGAAUUAUGCAGAUGUCCAGCAUCUGUUGUCGAAGCGAUAUUUAAAUCUUGUCCCCAGCUCGAGGUAAUGAGUGCAAUGGCGAUAAAAUGUGAUGGACUUAAUAUCGAGUCGCUAGGGAAUGUGAAAAAUCUGAAGGAAUUGAGACUAAAGGCUAUCAGUGGAAUGUCACUUCAGGAGGAUUUUUCACCGCUGGGUGAGCUUAAAAAACUGACACAACUGAAUUUAACAUCAGUUAAAGAACUUGGAAAGAAAAAAAUUGAAGUCCUGGGAGAUUUGGUUAGUUUGGAGGCUCUGGAACUUGGAGAAUGCUCCGAUUUUCCCGACAAAUUUGGAACUGAUGUACUUUCAAAGCUCAUUAAUUUGGAGAGAUUGAGAUUGGAAAAGGGACAGGGCUCUUGUUGCACUUUCGAUAUUCUCGAAGGAGUAUCAAAAAUGGAGAAACUCCACCAACUUGAAUUGGUGAAUUUUGAUGUGAAAAAUGGAUUUGAUAAGUAUCUAGCUAACUGCAAGAAUAUUAAAAGACUGUUGAUUAUUCCAACGUACAUUUCACAAUCAGCUACUUCGAAUAAUAUGGUUCUGGGGGGAGUUACUGAGUUGAGCAAUACUUUGACGCACUUUGUAUGGGGAGUUACACUGGAGUUAUUGAGAGUUACCGAACUCUUUGUCGAUCAGUGUAAUCAGAUGCAUAAACACGUUUCUGGGGACUCCAUUCCUGUGCUUAAACCAGUUCCUUGUUUGAAACUGAUUGAAGAUGGUGAGGGAAAUCCGGAUGCAAUAAAAGAGGAGCAAUUAAACGUGUCAAAUCCACAAGUGGACAUUCUUUCCCUCCCUCAGCUUCAAAAAUUACUACUUACUGCAUUACCCGAGACCAGGGUAAAAAUACUGAAGAUUCCUUUCCACGCAACUUGGAGGCAGAGCAUAUCGGAUAACACAUCGCCGUAGUGAUACACUCUAGCCAAGUGUUUGACAAGUGAGUUGUGACGAAGAUUGAACACGAGAAAGAAACAGAUAUAAGUACUCAAAUGUUAUCAAUUCGUUGUGAAAAAUUAAGUUCGUGGUAAAUGUAAAUAAUCCACCGAAUAAGAACGUGUUAAAUAGAUAUCGCACACUAUUAUUUGUCGAGUAUUUCACACUACAAUAUGCUGUAUGAAAAAAAAACUGACAGAAUUUGGAAUAGCGUGUACUGGAAUAAUCCGAGUUUUUCUCUCAAAAAAGUAAUUAUGUUAUCAGGCAAUUAAAAUCCCAUCAGGCAAAUGUGAUAUCAUGAUACGAGUUGGGUACGAGUAUUAUUAUCACAUGGGCCAGAUAGUACUUGUAUUACCGUGGCACGACUCAUAGAUUUUUCUACAUUGAAUCGAACAAUUGUUACAGUUAGAAAAGAAAAAUAGUGCAGUUAGAAGGGUUUGAAUAAAGUCUUGAAAUAAAAUUGAUUCGAAAUAACAUUAUUCCAGAAAAUCAAACUAUAUAAAUUGUAGAUAGAGUUGAAUAGAGAAAAUGAUAGAGUUAAGUGGACUAUCAUUUUAUGUGUUAGAAUAUGCCCUCUUCAGUGGCUUGAUUUUACUGGAAAAAAUCCGGAAAUUCAUCGAUAUAUUUGAAAUAUUUUCUACUGAAGGUCUCGGGAAAAAAUUCUGAGUUCUUGUUCAAAUGAUUUCAACGACGAGUUUCCAGAUAUUUUUCUCCAAAAUUGUGAUGGGUUUAUUCUAUCAUUGGAAGAUUCUUCGACGAUUUCCUAUUCCUUUUUAUCUAUUCGAUAUUGAUAACAAUUAAUUGAGCUUCUAUUUUCUUUUUACUUAGUUUUUACACAAUUUCAUUACUUCAAUAUCCUUGGUUCCGGAAAAUCUUUUAUGCUUGAAAAACUAAAACAUCGGAACGUUAAAGAAAAUUCUGAGUCGUGUCAAUUUGUUUGCGAAAAAUUCGAUUUUAUUUUAUUACACUUUAUUGUUAUUAUCCACCGUGUAAUGGUCAUUCACACUUUCAAAUUGAUUGGUUUACAUUGCACUCGUACGAUUCCAAACUUUACGCCUUUGAAAGGAAGAAAUUGCAAAAGAUAUUCUCCAUUAUGUUUGUUGAUUUUGUUCAUUUUUUUAAUUUAUCAAAAAAUUUUUUUUCUAUGAUAAAGGGCGUGGGAAUUUAUCCAAUCGAUUAUUUGGUGAAUAUUGCUCAAUCUAAAUGGUGUACGGAGAAAUAUCAAAAGAGCUUCAUGGAAAUACGUUUUACUGGAUCAUCAACCAAAUCUCAAUUUCGUCUUAUGUGAAGAUGAGGAUGGAACAAACAGAUGAAUGGCCUCAUUUUUCUUUAUGAUCAUACGAAUAGUGCAAGGAAACGAUCAGUUCCAUGAGGAUAUCUCAAAAGGGUUCUUUCUGUAGAUAACAUUUUAUACAAAAAAAAAACAAUUUCAUUUUAAAGUUCAAUACUCUCUUAAUACAGCAGAAUAAGCAGUGAAAUACUCUGUAAAUCCUUAUCAGAAUUUUUGUAUUUUAUCUACUAUUAUUAAUAUACUACGGAUUUUAUUUUUACGCAAUGAAUCCAACUCGCGUAAAACUACAACAAGAAAUGUAAGUGUUGAAUUAUAAAUUAAGAAGUAUAUUUUGUACUGAAAAAAAAUCAUAGAAACAAAUCCUGCAUAUGUUACAUAAUGAUGUAAGAAAAUUCGUAACUUCGAAUAAUGUAAAAUAUAGGCCUUCAACUAUUGUUUACAAAAAAAAUUCAUGCACACACGUUUUUUAAUUCUUCAGUGUGCCUAUGAAAAUAUGAAAAAUCGUAAACAAGCAGUUUAGUCUAGUAUUCAAAAUUUUUAAUUAUAAUUCCCCAACGAGUUUAAGCAAUAUACGUACAACUGUAUAUGAACCCUAUAAAUAAAUAAAUUCUAAUAACUGUC